AUGACCUUAACCCUGGAUGAUGUUGGCACUAUUCUUGGCCUUCUCAUUGUAGGCAAAUCAGUCAGCGUACCAGAUGUGACAGAUCAUCAUGGAGUUACAUUACUCAUUUAUGGCUUGGGGAUUACUGAACGUGCAACACAUGAAGAGGUUUCUUCUACUGGUGGCAAUUUAGUCAGGCUUGAGUGGUUGCGAAGUCAGUUUGCUGGUGUCACAGAUUCAGACCCCGAGGAGGCUAUACAGUGCGCUGCUAGAGCUUAUUUGUUGUUUCUGUUGGGAUGUACACUCUUCAGUGACAAGAGUGGUGACAGGGUUCCUGUUGUUUACCUUGGCUUAUUGAUGGAUUUGGGAUCCAUUCAUACUUACGCCUGGGGUGCUGCUGCAUUAGCAUUUUUAUACAGACAGUUGGGGUAUGCUAGCUGGUCUGGGGUUAAGCAGAUGGGUGGUUAUAUGACUCUUUUGGAGGCGUGGAUUUAUGAUCACUUUCGAGCAUUUCAACCUCACCAGAACAUGGGCUACAAUGAAGACAUGCCACACGUGUACCAUUGGCCAUCUAGGAGAGAGACGGGUUCCUCCAUUGAUCAUUUGAAAUCUUUUCGAGCCGAGCUUGACAGUUUGGUAGCUACUGAUGUUAUUUGGGAUCCAUACCACAGCUGCAGAGACCAGCAUCCAUGUAACCCGGUUACGUUGUACCAUGGAUGCUUAAAGUGCUUAGACGUUGUCAAACCCUAUCAUCCAGAUAAAGUUCUGAGGCAGUUUGGCAGGGUUCAAACCAUCCCAGAUUCACCGCUAGCUCCCAGUCGUGGUGCACGAGGCAACAUAUCCGCACGAUAUACAGUCAUGUAUAGAUACUUGGAUAGGAUCUGGGAGGCUUGCGAUAACAACGUGUUAUCUAAGCAACGGAGGAGCACACCACGUAUUGCACAUGCACUGCAGAUUUCACAUCCUAUUAUUAACGCUGGUUAUGAGGAGGGGAUUCGACAUCCUUAUCGACUCUACCAGGCUAUCGAGAGUAUGACGCAUGUCCUUGAAGGUCAGCACAUUGACGAAGCUGGACCUAGUUCUGCUAGACCUACUUAUACUGGAGGUCGCUUUCCAUCUUCGACAUUGACAUACAGUCGUAGGCCUAGGCGUAGGCAUACAGCUGAUUCGUGA